ACCUUUAUUUUGAAAUUAGGCAGAUACCUUAAGCAUUUGGGAUAUGAGGUUAACUACGUCUGCAAUUUCACUGAUGGUGAUGACAAGAUUAUUGCCCGAGCAAAUGAAUUGGGUGAGGAUCCGAUUAGUUUGAGCAGAAGAUUUUGUGAGGAAUUUCAUCAGGACAUGGCGUAUCUGAAUUGCCUUCCUCCUUCCGUGGAGCCUCGUGUCUCUGAUCACAUACCGCAAAUUAUUGCUAUGAUAAGACAGAUACUGGAUAAUGGAUGUGGAUACGCAGUCGAGGGUGAUGUGUACUUCUCCAUAGACAAAUUCCCCGAGUAUGGACGAUUAUCUGGACGUAAACUGGAAGAUAACAGGGCUGGUCAACGAGUUGCUGUGGACUCUAGGAAGAGAAACACAGCUGACUUUGCUUUAUGGAAGGCAGCAAAGGAGGGAGAACUUUUCUGGGAGAGUCCAUGGGUUCCCGGAAGGCCGGGAUGGCAUAUCGAGUGCAGUGCUAUGAGUGCUGCUUAUUUAGGUUAUUCUUUCGACAUACAUGGUGGUGGAAUGGGUCUUGUAUUUCCCCAUCACGAGAAUGAGAUUGCUCAAAGCUGUGCUGCCCACCAUGAAACGAAUGUAAGUUAUUGGAUCCAUAAUGGAUUUGUGACCAUCGAUUCUGAGAAGAUGUCGAAAUCUCUUUCACCAUUAGAAAGUCGGGUUCAGGUACUCGAACUUUAUCAUCCACUGGCUCUGAGGCAUUUCCUUUUGGGAACUCACUAUCGUUCCCCAAUUAAUUACUCGGAGUUACUGCUUGAAACUGCAUCAGACCGUGUUUACUAUAUCUAUCAGGCAUUACAUGAUAGUGAGAGUAUCACGGCCCAGCAUGAUGAAGCUAGUUUGAAGGAUUCGAUUCCAGCAGAAGUUGCAACUUGCAUCAACAAAUUUCGGGAUGAAUGUUCGAUAUCAAUGACAGAUGAUCUACAUACUUCUGUUGCAUUGGCUGCAAUUUCUGAACCAUUGAAAACCAUGAAUGAUCUUUUACAUACCCGAAAGGGAAAGAAGCAACAACUCAGAGUCGAGUCACUUGCUGCUUUAGAGAAGACCGUUAGGGAUAUUCUUGCUGUUUUGGGGCUUUUGCCAGAUAGCUAUUCUGAGGCGUUGAAGCAGCUGAAGGAUUACGCUCUGAGGCUUGCAAAGUUGACAGAAGAUCAUGUUAUGCACAAGAUCGAAGAAAGGAAUGCUGCGAGAAAAAAUAAAGAAUACGAAAAAUCCGAUGCAAUUCGAAAAGAAUUGGCUAGUGCAGGCAUUGCACUCAUGGAAAGCCCAGAAGGCACAACUUGGAGACCUGCUCUGCCUCUGGCAUUGCAAGACCAAUAGUUCGAGCAUCCGUUUUGGAAAAUUUUUGACGUUUCGAUAGCUUGAAAUAAAUCACCAAUUCUUGAAACAACUUCAUUCCAGGUAACUGUGAUUAGUGGUAAACUGGAAUUUUGAUUCUCCAUCAAA